CUCACACGCCGUUUCAACCACAUUGAACUGCCACUCGUCCUCUCCACAUAACACAUCAACGCUCCCAGAGGCACUGCUGACGCCAGCUUGCCAUAACCGCAGACAUGAGUUCCGGCGUGCGCAAUCUACGCGCCAUGUUCGAGCAGAACGCAGCUUCUUCUCCUGAGCCCCGCGGCCGCUCCCCAGGAAGCUCUUCAGCAGCCGACGACACCAGCCGCCCAACCUCCAAAGUGCGCGCUUCGUUCGUUUCCGUUGAGAACACAGUGCCUCAUGCCAGCGACUUCGCUGGUGUCAACAAGGGCACCCCCUCGAACAGCACCGCUGCGAACCGCCGAGAGAGCUUCAGCAUAAGCGAGGACACCGCUGGAGAGGUCGCAGACCUUCGCAAGUCCAUUAGCGAAGAGAAGGAAGAGCGCAGGAAAAGUGUCGCUAUCAUUGAGGCGGUUCCAGAGCAUGCCGUGGCUUCGCGGGAAUCUUCAGCGGGUCCGCCGCCCGUCAGGAAGGAGCCUGAAGGAGACAUUGUGAAUUUGGGCCACAUAAUGAAAGGCUCCGAGUUCCCCGAGACUUCGGCGGACAAAGAUGCUGGCGCAUCACCGUCAAAGGAAGCGCCAGCCCCUGAGCUACCUGCAGUCAAAGAGGAGCCUGCGAAGGAGAAACAGGCUACUCUAGCGCCGGCACAGAAGAUACCUGCUGAGAAGCUAGACAAGGCUACAAUAGGAGCGUUGGAGGGGGUGUCUCUGAAGCCAGCAGACCCAACCGACGCCUCUGCUGUCUCUGGCGGCAAGGCACUCCCUCCACCGGCCGAGGAGUUGAAGCCUGCAGAGACCGAGCCCGCGAAGACCUCUUCCAUCACCCCAGCAGCCCCUGCUGAGCCUGCCGUACAGACACCAAAGCCUGCCUCGAGUAGCACGAAGGCGAACGGAACACCGGCGUCGAAGGGCAAGCUCGAUCCCAAAAGACCUGCAGCUAUCUCUACCACCAAGGCUUCCGCAUCGAAGAGCACGCCUGUUAAGAGUCCGCUUCCCAGGACCGCGCCGAAGACGCCCACUAACAACAGGCCUUCAGCUGCUGCGCCUGCACCAAAGGCCGCUACGCCUAUCUCGAAGCCUGCUGCAGCUACCAAACCCGCACCAAAGCCAGCCGCAAAGGAGCCAGUCAAAGCAGCUGCGCCAAAGCCGAAGACCAGCCACACAUCUCUACGACAGUCGACUGCCACAGCACCUACUGCCGCAGCAAAAGCAAAGACAGUCGCUACCGAGACCAAAAAGCCAGCAGCCACCAAGCCAAGGGACCCUACCUCACCCCCUGCUUUCAAGAAGCCAAAGCCGAAGUCGCCCACCCGUCCCGUCGGGCUACCCUCACGCCUCACCGCUCCCACUGCAGCGUCAGCCGCUAAGUUACAGGGUGAAGAAGCAGCAAAGGUCACUCGCAAGCCCUCGACCGCAACGCGCCCAGUACCAAAGCCUGCGCCCGCCAAAUCUUCUCGUCCUUCAGUCGCACCGAGUGCGAGCACAAACAAGCGACCAGAAUCGCGCGCUUCCACUGUUGGUGCUAAGCCCGGCUUCCUCGAGCGCAUGUCAAGGCCUACGGCAGCUAGCGCCAGCAAAGUGCAUGAGAAGCCCAGCUCGCCUCCCCGAAAAGCCCCUGUCAAAGCAAGCAUUCUCCAGAAGGGCAAGAAGAAGGUGGAGGAGAUUGCGGCCGAGGCAAAGGAAGCCGUGACGACCAAUGGUCACGCAGAUGAAUCCCCGAAGACGGAGGCAGCGAACGGCACUGAGGCCCAUGCGGAAGCCUCUGAGGUACCUGCCGCUGAGCCAACCACAGAAUCUGUUCCUGAACAUGCUGGGAAGGCGAAACCGGCGGAGCCUGUAAAGGCCGAGACCCCGGUUCUUGAGGGCGAGUCAUCCGCGUUGGAGCUGCAGACGCCCAAGUUCCAAGGUGAAGCUAUUCGUUAGUCACCUGUGUAUGCAGAGUCUGCUUGGCUGCAGGCCAUAGGUCUUGCCUUCCUACCAUGCUGCUUGCUCGUCUGUUUCAUUCUUUACCAGCAUUUUCGGGAGCAUUCAUCUGGCGGAGCUUCAUAUCCAUUGGCGGUGUUUUUGAUUUCAGGGUCUAGGUUUAUUGCAUUACUCACCGCAUUCGCCGAAUCUGGAUAAUACAAGUCAUUCUGAGGGCUUGGACCAAAGGCUGGAAUUUGAUCAAGAUGCUGCGGUCUGACAAGGAGCACUUCGGGAACGUCCUCUGGUCGCGAUCAUCAUACGCGUCUGGCCUCCUCAGUAGCAUAGCAAUUAACACAUCCUCAUUUAUUACAGGCAUCGAA